ACCUGCUGUAGGAUCAGCCCGCAGAUUCGGCUCAAAACAUGCUCGUGCACGGCUUACUAUUCGUCAUAUUCUGGCUAUUGUCUGCUGUCUAUGCUUUGCAUGCCUCCGAAGCUGGCGUUGUCGAUUGGCACAAACCGUUUAUCGGCGUUCCGUUUACUCACUCCCAAAGUCUCGCGCCCACUUUCCACCGAUUUAAUGCAGGCACCGGGAGGCGAAGUACGAAGAGUGUGGUAUUGAGUGCAACAAGUUCGAAUGUACUGGCAGCGUUGGAUGCGGUAGCAGGAAACAUCACUUGGAGGUAUGGGUUUGACCAUGGGGACCCGAUUGUCAACUUCCGAGCGUUUGGAAAUUUCGUCGUAUCACUUUCUGGUCCUGGAGGUUCGACAUUCCGUGCAUUUGAUACGACUACGGGCGACCUACUGGCUGAACGACGUCUUCACGCGCCUGAAGCCGGGCAUCUUUUCGAACCCGUGGAUGUCGGUGUUCAUCUUGUCUUUGCGGAUGCGAAUGCAACAAAACCAGAUUCUAGCUCCGAUGUAUUUGCUCUUACGAAUGGUUAUACUGUUCGUCGCAUUGAUGCUGCCACCGGGCGUGUGAAGUGGGAAUGGGCAUCAGGGGACCGAGCGUCGGCUGUUGUCUAUUCUCGCAUAGCACGUACGUCAUCAACAGCUUUUGUCGUGGGACUUGCCAAAUCCACGGCAUCGUAUUCUCUACACGUCACUGCUCUUUCCGCGGAUACCGGAGAAGAACUCGCAACAGUCCACAUUCCUUCAAAUAUACGAAAUGGGCUCACCGACUUCCUCGUAUUGUCCGAUGAUACUGACGAUAAUCCGUACAUCGUAUGGCUUGAAGACGGACAAAGCCAAAUUCGCUUUGCUUCUCUUGCACCAGCACUCAAGGGUCAACCAAAAGCUCUCAAGGGGGCUACCUUUAAGUCUAUCUUAAACAUAGGCUUGAAUGAACACGGACAUUUUGUCGCGCUUGAGACGGAUGGUACAGGAAUGGCGCUCAAGCUUGAUAGGAAUAGUCAAGGCAUUUCUUUAGUCUAUGAGUUCGAUGAAUCUUCAUCCUCGGAUCGCUAUACUGAAUCAAUAUACUCCGGAGGCCUUGAUAAAGAUAACAAAGUCUAUAUCGGACGGGUAUUCUGGUCGCAUGUGUUGAGGACCGCUUCAGCGCAUGUCUUCGCACCUCAUGCUGCGAGCGGAAAGGGAAUGGUGAGGGGUUACACACUCCCAUUCGAUUCGAAUUCUCAUGGUAUUAUCGCACAUGCUGCCAUGGAUGCAGCUCAGCCUUCUGAUAAUAUGAUCAUCGGUCGCUUCGUCCUAGUCACAAGCACUGGUGCGGUACAGCUGUGGCAGCAUGACCGGGCGCAAUGGACCCGUGAGGAAGCACUGUCGGAAGUCGAACUCGCAGAAUUUAUCGAGUUACCAGAGAGGAAGACGAUUGCGACACAUGUUGGCGACGGUGAGGAGAGUUUUGUCGGGCGUGUCACCCGCCAAGUCCAGGAUGCGAAGGAUUUCCCGAGUUAUUUAUUGGCCUUCGUUCGGCGAUUUGCAACUGGCUCUUACACCACGGCAACGACCUCGGCAAAGGUCUCGUCGAACAGUACUGAGCUGGAACGUGAUGAAUUCGGUUUCCGCAAACUUAUCGUGGCUGCGACACGUCGUGGUGUUGUAUACGGCAUCGACUCAGCCAGUGGUGCGAUCGUGUGGAGUAGGUUGCUCGGACUUGGAUGGGCAGCGAAAGUCGGUGGACACCAUGUUCCUUUGAGGUUGUUCGCCACGCGUACCGUUAAUGAUGGCGACUCGCCGAGGGUGGUAUUGAUUACCCAACGAAUAGCAGACAAUGAGCUUGUUGAUACCGUUGCCUUUCAUAUUGACGCUCUCACUGGUGAAGAUGCUGAAGGCAAAUCAUCUUCCGAAGAUAUACUACAAGGUGUAGACAUCAUCUCUGGAGAAUCGAUUGACGUGUUCAUGCUACGCGGAGAUGAUAAAAUUGUCGUAUUACUAGACAAGUUCUUGCAGGUGUACCUCUUCCCUGAUAAUGACGAGACACGCAAGGCUUUCCAAACAAUUGCUCCGAAGCUAUACUUCCCGUUACUCGCACCUGGCCGUGUCCUCGGUCACCAAGUCAGCUCGGAGCCGUCCUUCACUGGCAAGUUCACCGCCUAUUCAAUAUGGACAACGCUUUUCUCGCCCGGUGAAACGGUUGUCGCUACCUUCCGACGCCCACCUGCAGAGCCCAUAGCAUCAUUUGGUAAGGUGCUCAGUGACCGAAGUACACUCUAUAAAUACCUCAUUCCCCACUUGGUUGGUUAUGUGACACGUUCUCAGGGAGGAGACGGUGUUCCUCCGACUUGCGGUGUUUAUCUGGUUGAUGGUGCGAAGGGCUCGAUCUUGUAUCGUUCGACUAUCCCUUCUGCGCAUGGCGCGUGCGACGUGAAAGUUGCGUUUACGGAAAAUUGGUUGUUAUAUAUUUAUUAUGAUGAAGAGAUCGUAUCUUCUGCCCAGUCUAAAGGAUACCGAGUCGUUUCUGUGGAAUUCUAUGAAGGAAAGGGUGUGAACGACAAAACGAAGAGCUCGGAAACGUCUAUAUAUUCUAAUAGAACCGCGGAGGGCAUGUAUUACGAACAGACGUUCAUCUUCCCCUAUGGUGUUACCGCACUCACGACAACGUCAACGAAAUUCGGAAUCGCAACUAAAGAUCUUGUCGUUGCGAACAAUAAAGGUCAAAUACAAACCUUCCCUCGUAGGAUAUUCGAUCCGCGGAGGCCGAAGCGAAAAGUGACAGCACAAGACCAGGAGGAGUGGCUUGUCCAGUAUGAUCCAAUUAUUCCGGAUGACUCGAGACGAGUUAUUUCACAUAAUUAUCAUAUCCUCAGCACUAAAAAAAUAAGCACCUCACCCUCUCUCCUCGAAUCCACCUCUCUCGUCCUUGCGCAUGGCGGACCUGACCUUUUCCUUUCGCGCGUUGCACCGAGUCAUACUUUUGAUGUAUUGAGCGAGGAGUUCAAUAAACUUCAAUUAGUGUUGACGAUCGCGGGGUUGAGUGUGGCCAUUUUGGUGACGAGGCCGAUUGUUAGGGGGAAGAAGUUGAAGGAGGCCUGGUAUUAACAUUAGAGAGUAGACGGAGGUUGGUAUAUCAUUGUACUUAUGUUAGAACCUA